AUGGCUGCAGCCACGGAGGAGACGACGUUGAAAACGGGGGAAGAGGAGGAGCUGCCUCAGGGAGCAGAGGUCCUAGUCAGCGACGUUAAUGAGCUGCACGAUAAUGCGGCCUCGAAUGAACAAAGCCCCAAGGAUACAGGGAAUGACGAUGAAGAUGAAGAUGAGAAGGAGAAGGAAGACUACAAAGCCUACUCUCGCCCUCUCGGCGACGACCACCAUCUUGGAUUGGAAGUGGUUUCGGGAGACGAGGGAGAUCAGAACACCAGCUCUGUCUCCUAUGAGCAAACGCACAGGAAAAAGAACGACGAAGCUGUGGCUCAUGCGCUUUCUCGGUUUGCCGCAGAUACUGUCACUGUUGACUACGAACCUCCCAAGCCUCAACCACCCAAAAUUGACCAAACAGCCUCGCUGCUUAUCCAAGAACGACCACAACUCUCAUGGAAUGACCACUACGAAAGGAUUAGAGACUUUAUUUUAAAUUAUGAACAUGAUAGGGUUCUAUACCAUCUCGUCAUUGGCUGGCUCAAGAACUCUCUCGAGGCACUCACCCUUUUGAAGGCCUCCGACUCUGAGUUUGCCGUCAGGGAUGAGCUUGGCCGAGUCCUUCUUCACUAUGCUGUGAUGAAUGGUCAAUUGGACAUCGCGGAAGAAGUGCUGGCACGAUCAGAACGAGUCGGCAUCAGUAUUGAUGUCAAGGAUAAUGACGGAUGGACACCACUUCUCUGGGCAGCUCGCGCAUCGACAACUCAGCGCCAAUUGCAUCCGAACGAUCCAAUGACAACCGAUAUGGUGUCUUUCCUGUUAGAGAGAGGAGCGGAUCCCACAAUAGAGGGGUUAGGGUUCUCCGCCCCAUCUCCUGCCUCUCAAAUUGCCUCCUACUCUGGAGCUGAUGAUAUUGGUGAUCUGAUCGUGGCCAAGGCCGGCAAAGAGCCCCCGUCAGCAAAGAGGCGAGGCAAACGAGGGGCUAAUGGUUUCUGCGUUUGCUACUUGCUCGAGAUCGUGGGCAGCUAUGUCCUGUGUGACACCUGCCUUGACUUUCAGCUGUGUUUCAAAUGUUCCAGAUCCAGGUCCAAGUUUCACCCUCGUCACUCAUUUCGCGAUCAAGCGGAGGAAUGGGAUGACAAUGGGAACAUGGAGCCCGAAAAGCCUGAAGUAGUUCCUCAAACGCCAAUUAAGAUGCUCAAUAGUAAUAUUCCAGCACUAGCACCAGAAGAAGGGAGCCAGAGCGAUGAGUUUGAUGACGAAAUUGUGGGUUAG